AUCCGCAUCAGAUCCACCCUGUUCAUCAAUAAUGCUGCCCAAAUAUGUAAAGGUUUUUACAUCAUCCAAAUCUUCUCCGUCAAGUGUAAUGGGAUUGGUGCAUGCUGUGUUGUACCGGAGAAUCUUGUUUUUUCCUUUGUGUAUAUUGAGACCUACUGCUGCUGACACUGAUGCUAAACUGGUCAUCUCCUGCAUUUGUUGUUGCGUGUGCAAUAGAAAAACCAGAUCAUCUGCGAAGUCUAGAUCGUCCAACUGCAUCCUAGAUGUCCACUGUAUCCCGUACUUACCAGUUGAUCACCAGGAAAAAGAGAAAGGGUGACAGUAAGCAACCUUGCCUGACACCGGUCUUUACUUCGAGGGAGUUUGUCAACUGUCCUCCAUGCACGAUUUUGCAGUUUAAUCCAUCAUAGGAAUUCCGUAUGAUAUUGACUAUCUUCUGAGGUACGCCGUAGUGUCGAAGA